GGAAGAGCGGAAAGACCCAGCGAGUUCCGUUGUCUGCCCAUUGACGUCGUCGGAGACGAUGGAGUCCAAAGUGAAAAUGUUGAAAGGCUUCUACCCGCUUCUGGACAACAGACAGUUGGAGUUCCUGACGUCGGUAGAUGAAAUAAUGUCGUGUGAACUGUGCAACACGAUCAGCAAAUCUUACUUCGUGGGAAAGUGUAGACAUUUUUUCUGUUCGGACUGCUAUUACCUCAUCAAGAAAGAAACAUUUCCAAAAUGUCCUCUGGACGACGAUGACUGGAAACUUAAAACCUCCUGCUGUUUGCCCGAAGACAGCCUAUCAAGGAGUCGUGUGCGCUGUCCCAACUCUGCCUACGGUUGUAAGUUUGGAGACUCACUGAGCAGGGUGAACGACCACGUUGGCCGUUGCCAGUUCUAUCCGCUACCGUGCAUUAAAUGCGGAGAUACGGUUGGCCACAACAAUCUUCUAAGUCAUCGUCGACGCUCUUGCGGGUUCAGGCACACGAAGACGGCGGAUCCGAAGCCCGCAGUCUUGGAUACCGUUCAGUGAAGGACUCACUCGCGUUAAAACCGUUAUACUUUCU